GAGGAAUGAUCCGAAUUCAGAACGAUUUUUUUUUUUUUUUGUACUUCUCUUUUAUCUGUCAAACAGAGGAAGAGAGAAAGAGAGAGAAGAAAGGGAGAGAGAAGAAAGAGAGAAGAGGGAGGGGGAGCCGAUCUUCUCACGCCGACGCCGUGGCCGUGGUCGUCGCCGUCGCCGUCGCCUCCUCCUCCUCCUCUUCCGUCACUGCUGCGACCACCACUGUCGCUGCUACACCACCUCCGUCGCCGCCUUCUCUCUUCUCCUCUUCUCUUUUUCUAUAUAUAUAUAUAUAUAUGUGUGUGUUUCAUGGAUUUGUGGGUUUGAUUUGUUUCAUGGAUUUGUGGGUUUGAUUUAUUUCAUGGAUUUGGGUUUGUUUUGUUUCAUGGAUUUGGCUUUGAUUUUCAUUCCAGAUUUGGCUUUGAUUUUCCAGAUUUUCCAGAUUUGGCUUCUCCUCUAUCUCUUUCCUCUCCUCUCUUCUUCUUUCUUUCCUCUUCCUUCUGCGAGUCAUGAAAAAAAAAAAAAAAAAGCCAAAACGACGUGGUUUUGGGAUUUCAGAGCACUCCAAUUUUUCAAGCGGGACUGACCAUGUAUAUACAAUUUGUGCUUAUAGUAUUAUAUUAAUCAUUGUUUGAGAUUGACUUUUUUUUAGUAAUUUGUAAUUUUUUUUUAGAAGUUGAAAAAUUAUUGCUAUAUAUGAAAAGUUGCUAAUUUUUUUAUAGAAGCUGAAAAAUUAUUGCUAUAUUUGAAAAGUUGCCAAAAAUUUUUUUAUUCCUUUUUUAAGUGAUUGGCAAUCGGAAUUUUUUUUACUCUUUUAGCAUCACCCCAAACACCCACUCAAUCCCUAUAUAUAUUUGCUUGGAGCCAAGUCUCUCCCAAUACUAAAGUGCAAGUUAUUCCACUGCACUGCCCAACUUGUUUCAAAGGCUAUUGAGAAGGUUUUUUUAAAGACGCUUUUCUUGGCCAUCCUCCUUGCGUCUGCGUCUGUGUCUGCAUCCGCCAUGUUUGUGUUCGGAGAUUCAACGUUGACGCAGGAAACAACAACAUUGAAAGUGGUAUUACGGAAAACUUUUACCCCUAUGGUGUCAACUACAACAAUCAAUACACCGGCCGCUUUACAAAUGGAUUAACUGCCGAUUUCAUGGCAUCCGCGUCGUUUCUUGCGUUGUUUGUGUUCGGAGAUUCAACUAUUGACACAGGAAACAACAAGAAGAUUGAAAAGGGUAUCACGGCAAACUUUUACCCUUAUGGUGUCGAUUACAACAAUCAAUCCUGCUUUACAAAUGGAUUAACUGCCGCUGAUUUCAUGGCUUUCUCUCUUGUAGAUGUGCCACCGCGUCUUGCUUACCACAACUUGACAGAGAGUGACAGAAAAAGAACUACCAUCGCCAUGGCUGGGAUCAAUUAUGGGUCUUCUGGAUGUGGUAUCUUUACCACCACCAGACCCCCCAAGAGAGAAUGCUUCAAUUUAGAACAACAGAUUGACUUCUUUAAGGAGACUGUACAAGAAGACUUGCCAUAUUUGAUUCCAGACCCUGAUGCUCGCAUACAGUAUCUUGCCAAAUCUAUCUUUUUCAUUUCCAUGGGAGCCAAUGACUACUUUUUCACUUAUCCUACAUCAAACACAAAGGACCCUAAUGAGUUUGCAAUCUCUCUCAUCUUUGAGUUGAAGAUCUACUUAGACAUAUUAUAUGAGAUUGGAGCUAGACAAUUCAUCGUGAACAACAUAGGUCCUCUUGGGUGUUUGCCAUCUCUUAGAUACAAAGACUAUUUCUGGGCAGUGCAAUGAAGACAUGAACAAUCUUAUCAUGCCAUACAACUAUUGGCUUCCUAAGUGGCUUAAAACUUGGACUCAUUAUGAUUACAGUGGUAUUACCUUUGUCUUGGCAGAUAGCUAUGGUCUUCUUAAUCAUAUGGUCUACUACCCUAA